CGGCGAACAAAAAGAUAUGGAGAAAAGCGAGUCUAAAGCUAAGAAGCACUUUGUGCUUGUUCAUACGCUAGGGCAUGGAGCCUGGUCCUGGUACAAGAUUGUUGCAUUGAUAAGAUGUUCAGGACAUAAUGUCACAGCUCUUGACUUGGGUGGUUCAGGAAUCAACCCGAAACAGGCCCUCGAAAUCCCAAAUUUUUCUGAUUACUUGAGUCCGCUAAUGGAGUUCAUGACUUCACUUCCUACUGAUGAAAAAAUAGUUCUUGUAGGCCAUAGCGUUGGUGGACUCGCCAUUUCUAAAGCCAUGGAAACCUUCCCUGAAAAGAUUUCUGUUGCUGUAUUUCUUAGUGGUGUAAUGCCUGGUCCAAAUAUCAGUGCAUCCACCGUCUACACUGAGACAAUCAAUGCAAUAAUACGUGAACUUGAUAAUCGGGUUACAUACCACAAUGGACCUGAGAAUCCUCCUACCACCUUCAUCCUAGGUCCCAAGUUCUUGGAAACUAAUGCUUACCAUUUGAGCCCAAUUGAGGAUUUGGUGCUGGCCACUACACUAGUAAGGCCAUUUUAUUUAUACAGUGCGGAAGAUGUUUCUAAGGAGAUAGUACUUUCAAGCAAAAGAUAUGGAUUAGUUAAGCGAGUGUUCAUUGUUGCUGCUGAAAAUGAAGCUCUGAAGAAGGAAUUUUUCAAAUUGAUGAUUGAAAAGAAUCCACCAGAUGAAAUGGAAGUGAUCGAGGGGUCUGACCACGCGACCAUGAUGUCUAAGCCCCAACAGCUUUAUACUACUCUUCUCAGCAUUGCCAACAAGUAUACCUGAUACCUUUCAAUUUGACAUUUCAAUCAUUUUCUUUCGAUUGUAAUUUCAGCGUUUGGAAUUAGCAUCAAUAAACAACCUCUAUUUCCUGAAAUU